AUGGCUUCCGGGCACAACCCAGCAUACUCCGCAUCGACCCAGCAUCGUGCACUGGGUGAUGGACGCUCCUCGUUCAGUCAGGAUAGUGGCUCCGCCGAUGGGAGCUGGCAGGAUGGUGUCUCACGGAUUGGGAGGAAUGGGCGAUCAGAGUCUGGAGGUAGUAGCAACAUGGGUGGGCGUGGGGGCUCUUUGGUGCCCUCAUUAACCCCCUCAUUAACACCGUCCAUUGGUGGACCAGGGAGCUUCAGCUCGGAGCUCAAAAGCAUGACUUCCCGCAGUGUCACCCCCCGACCGGAUGGCCCAUACAACAGACGUGCCAGCAGAUCGAUCGGCGAGGAGGAUUUCCAGACAACCGAGGAACGUCAGGCCUUCCUUCGAGACAGGAUCGCGAAGGAAAUGAAGAUCAAGAGUGGAACCGAGAACAUGCUGGAGGCGCUGCUCGCAAAGCCACCCAAACAAACUAAAGAGCAGCGUCUCAAGGUGGAGUCGGAAUUGAACUCAUCCAACCGCAAACUGGUCGAAUUGCAACAUGAGCUGGAAGAAGAGAUAUUACGUGCGCAGGCGCCGGCCUCAACUCCCCCACGCAGCAGUCGCCUUUCGAGCCUUUUCCGAGCCAGCCCUAUGCGCUCACCUUCCCGAAGCAGGGAUGGCAUUGGAUCGAUCAACGGUGAUGGGGAAGAAUAUGGCGAUGGAGAUAUGGAGUCUCCGACAUAUGUGCUCUCCGAAACGCUGCAGGCGUUAGAGAUCGAGGGAAUGUCUCCUGAUUUCUAUGUUGAGCGCGCCAAUAGUUUGGUUGAGUUGUUCAAACGACAUCCAACAUUGAAGUAUGAUCUCGCAUGGCCUGUUUUUGGCCUUCGAGUUCAGGUCAUGCUUCUAAGUGACAGUAAAGAGGUCGUAGCUGCAGGUUACCGACUCACACGCUAUGCAAUUGCUGAUCGCCAAUCCCUGCAAACAAUCCGAACACUACACACUGAUGAACUCGUGAUAUUGUCUUUGGUAAAAGAAACAAAGGCAAGCAUUGAAAGGGAGCAGGCGUUGAAGUUCGUGAGAGCCUUCCUGGAUGUCAAAGACGGCGUCCGAGAGAUAUCACGCGCCGUUGUUCGGACCAUAGUUGCUGUUGCUGAGCAUCAUGAAGAUCGUCUUCGGAACAUUUCAAUUAUGACCGUGGCUGAGAUGUUGGUCAAAGAUCCACAACUGGUUGCCUCGGCGGGUGGAUUUGCUGCUCUGCAUGAUGCACUUGCAGAAGGGACAUUCGGGGCUUCCGAGUCUCUGAUAUCAAGUUUCUUGCAUGUUGUUGACACCCCUCGUAGCAGAAAGUAUCUUCAAGGAUCUGAGCUGGAAGCUGUCCUCACCCCUUUUACGGAUUCAUUAUCCGAUACGCUACGCAACGGCCGACUAAAGUCUGCAGCACGGGCGAUUUCUGCGAUGCUCAAGACCUGGCCUGGCCUGGUUAUCCUUGCGAGACAUGACUCACAGCCGCUGCGAUCUCUCCUUGAUUCACUCCAUUAUAAUGAUCCUAUAGCGCGAGACCUCAUUAUGGAGCUAUUGUUCGACGCGUUGCGGAUAAAGCCUCCCUCGUGGUCGUCAUCUUUCCUUGCGGGAAGGCGACUCACCACAUAUGGCAGAGUCUCAAACCUGCGCUCUGAUGCCGAAUCAUUAAGGCUUGCCCGCUCUUUCCAGGAUGCCGGUAGCAACAAAUUUGAUCUGACGGCUCAUUUCUCUACCCUCAUAUUGGCGGGCUUGGUAGAGGCAGGGCUCCCAAAGGCUCUUUCCGAUGUCAUUGAUGAUGAAACGGAUUUGUCCUUAAGACGCAAAGCGACUCUACUCUUAACAGAGGUGCUUAAGCUCGCCCAUCAUUCUUUACCCCAAGCCGUCAGCGCAAACCUUCAAGUACUUCCACACCUAAUUCCGCCCGCAGUCGAUUUUGAAACAGAGAAUCACGACCUUUCAACUGCAACUAUUUUCCAAAUUGAUAGUAUCAAUCGGACAUUGGCGCGCUCUGGCGGAUAUCCUAGUGGCCAGGGCCGAUACAACAUGGAGACUGAUCUCUCAGCUUCUUUACUUCCCGUUGAACAAGGAAAAGACAAGAUGAGCCCUUCUAUGGACGAAACUCAAUUCCGCAACGCCAUUUUAGAGACUCAUGUCCUGAACACUGUCAAUUACACCAAAUGGAAAUGGGACAUCAUUCACCGAUUAGUGGAAGGACCUCUCACAAAUCCAAAGAGAAUGGACGAGGCAAUCAAGGGGUCGAAGUUCAUGAAACGGCUCAUUGGAUUCUAUCGGCCUUUCAAGUAUCGAUUUUCCAUGGCCUCCAACUCAAAAGCAAAUCAACGCUAUGUCCGAACAGGCUGUGUCCUCAUGCGCACUCUCGUCGCGACUCCCGAAGGCACCAAGUAUUUGGCUGAAAACAAAUUCCUCCGCCAGGUUGCGGAGUGUCUGGCCCAGCUCGACCGUAUGAGUGGCCUGACAUCUGCAUCUCCGCUUUUCUCCCGAGAGCAGAUGGCCAGUACUUUAAGUGGGGGCUACUUUGCGAUGCUGGGAGCAUUAAGUGGCGAUGUGAACGGGCUACUCAUGAUGGAGAGGUGGCAUAUGCUUAACAUGUUCUAUCACAUUAUUGAGCUUCAAGAUCGGAAUGAUCUUAUCCAGACUUUGUUAGGAAACAUGGACUACAGCCGUGAAAGUCAUCUCCGGGUCAUGCUCUCCAAGGCCUUGACAAUCGGUUCCAAGGAAAUCCGUAUCUUUGCAACGAGACUCCUCCGCAAAUAUGCUGUUGGAGACGUAUCUCUUUCGCCUCAUGUGGCGAUCGCAAAUGCAGAAUGGGUGGUCAAACUUCUCGUCACUCAAUUGUACGAUCCCGAGGUCACAGUCUGCCAGGUUGCCGUGAAGAUCCUGGAAGAAGCUUGCAAUCAACGGGAUUAUCUCGAGUUCGUGGUCAAAUGUCGACCAUCCCUUGAUCACCUAGGUGAGAUUGGCGCACCACUACUUCUUCGGUUCCUCUCGACUUCGGUGGGUUACCAUUACCUCGAUGGUCUCGAUUACAUCACUCAAGAGAUGGAUGACUGGUUCCUUGGUCGCAACGAUAGCUAUGUUGCUCUCGUUGAAGCUGCUCUUUCCCGAGCGUACGUCGAGCAACCGCGACGCAAUAGUCUCGUUCCUGAGGAUCUGGUUGACCUCCAGGACAUUGGGUUAGUACCGCCACAUUUCUACCGAGAACUUGCACGAACUGCCGAGGGUUGUAAACUGCUGGAACAAUCGGGCCACUUCAAUGAGUUUGCCUGGACAAUUCGUGAUUUCAGGCUAGAUGAAGAAGACAACGAAAUGCUCCUCAAGGCUAAAGGCUGUCUCUGGGCCGUGGGUAAUGUUGGCUCAAUGGAGCUCGGUGCACCAUUCCUAGAUGCCGACAUCAUCCAACGGAUCGUGCAAAUCGCAACCAGUGCUGGAGUUCUUACCAUGCGAGGUACUGCUUUCUUCGUUUUGGGUUUGAUCUCUCGCAGUCGACACGGACUCCAAGUCCUACGGGGUCUGGGUUGGGAUUCCGGUGUAGAUCAGAAAGGAGAUUCACUCGGUCUUUGUCUUCCUACUGAUUUCCGAAAGUUGUUUUCGAUCUCUUUCCCUGGGUUCAAUCAGAAUCUAAAGCGUACUCCAAAGGAGAAACUCAAAGAGGCUACCACAGACGCGGAUUCUGGGAACCAACGGAUCUUAAAACUCAUCGUUGAUAUGGGCAAUACCGUCCUCUCCAAACGAGCUGCGUCUGAUCUUCAUGUGUACGUUCUGAAUUCUGAUUCUGCGACUUUGGAGACCCUGCUCACAUCUCUCUAUCACAGCCUUAAAUCCAAACAACCCGAGCGAUUUCACCAAGCUCAUCUCUUCCGCAAAACUCUUUGCAUCUUGGAAAGCCACCACUACAGACUCCCGGCUCGACGUUUCGCCUUGGACUUAUUCGACAAAAGUGUCAUGCGACGAAUCGUUUUUGACGAAGAUACCGAUUCGGAAUCCGACUCAUCAGCUACUUCUCAAUCCUAUUAG